AUGAAAGUUGAUAUUGUUGUUGAUGCUGUUACGAAAGUGGUUGGACUUCAAAAUUCUCUUCUAACAAAGGUUAAAGCAAAGUCGUCGUCUGAUUCUCCAAACUUUUCCAAAUUGAAAGAGUUGUUGAGCAGUUUGAAAGAGUUAAUUUUGAAGCUUGGUUAUUCUCCACAACCUUCGGUUUUUCUAGAUUUCUUUUCUCAGAAUUUUUCGUCCCUCGAGUCCAAUCUCAAAUCUGAGUUAGCUCCACUUAUGAAACUUAUUCAUUUGAUGCCAACUAAUGCCCCUUUUGUUCGUACACGGAUGCAAUGGGGAGAGAAGGGUGUUGGCACAGGUGUUUCGAAAUGUUUUGAUACUAGUUCUUUGAAAGAUUCUACUAAAGGAAAAGUUUUCGGGAAGGUUAUAAGCAUAAAGAUUCCUACUUCGCUUCCAACAUCAAUGACAACUUCUUCAACAACCAUGACUUAG